AUGAGAUCGUCGCCGUCCUUCGCGAGGAGCGGCUCCCAGCUCUCCAAUUACAGCCACUCCUUCGACCUCCCCGACGACAAUUACGAGGCUGGACCUGCAGGCAGCGACCGCGACGACCUCGACCUCGGCCACGGCGGAGCAAUGCUGCCGGUUUUCCUCGACGACCUCAGGAGAAACGGCGGCGGGAACCAGCAGCGGCGGGAGGAGGAGCUGGUGGAGGUGACGCUGGAGCUGGACAGCGACUCCAUCGUCGUCUGCAGCGUCACUCCUCCCUCCGCCGCCGCCACGCCGUCUUCCAAUCACCACUACGGCGGCGGGAGCGAGGACGGAGGACGCAGUAGUACGCAGGGGAACAAGAGCCUGUGGAGGAGCCUGUCGGCGACUUCGAGGAUCCGGCAGAAGUUCGCGUGGCUGAGGUCCGGAUCGUCGCGGACGGCGGCGUCGGAGACCGACGGGGUCGCCAUCACGGCGAGGGACGCGAGGAGGAUACGGGCGAACCUCCAGCGGACCAAGUCGAGCGCGGAGCGGGCGCUGAAGGGGCUGAGGUUCAUCAGCAAGGCGGGUGGCGCCGCCGAGGGUGGUGGCGGCGGCGGCGGCAUCGACGUGGACCAGCUGUGGCGGCGGGUCGAGUCCCGGUUCGACUCGCUGGCCCGGGACGGGUUCCUGGCCAGGGAGGACUUCGGGGAAUGCAUAGGGAUGGUGGAUUCGAAGGAAUUUGCGGUCAGUAUCUUCGAGACGUUGGCGAGGAGGAAAGGGGAGAAGAUGAGCAAGAUUGAUAAGGAAGAGCUGAGGGAGUUCUGGUUGCAGAUUACGGACCAGAGCUUCGACGCCCGCCUUCAACUUUUCUUCGACAUGGCAGAUAGCAACGACGAUGGAAGGAUCACAAGAGAAGAGGUCCAGGAGCUGAUAAUGCUGAGCGCGUCGGCUAACAAGCUGUCGAAACUGAAAGAGCAAGCUGAAGAGUAUGCGUCAUUGAUAAUGGAGGAGCUGGAUCCUGAAAAUCUUGGAUACAUUGAGUUAUGGCAGCUAGAAACACUUCUUCUGCGGAGAGACACGUACAUGAACUACAGCAGGCCACUGAGCACAACAAGCGUCAAUGGAUGGAGCCAGAACCUGACCACAUUCAGGCCGCACAACCUGGCCCGCAGGCUCACCUUCAAACUCAGGUGCCUCAUCCUGGAGAACUGGCAGCGAGGCUGGAUUCUGACCCUCUGGAUGACGGCAAUGGCCUGCCUCUUCGCUUGGAAGUUCUCCGUCUACAAAGACAAAGCCGCAUAUCAGGUGAUGGGCAACUGCCUCGCCACGGCCAAAGGCGCCGCCGAGACUCUCAAGCUCAACAUGGCUCUCAUCCUCUUCCCCGUCUGUCGAAACACCAUCACCUGGCUUCGCUCCACCAGGGCCAGGGCCGUCGUCCCUUUCGACGACAACAUCAACUUCCACAAGAUGAUUGCGAUUGCAAUAGCCGUCGGGGUCCUCGUUCACGGAGGCAGCCACUUAGGCUGCGACUUCCCUCGCCUGGCGAAUGCCUCGCCGGAGAAAUUCGACCUGAUAGCAUCCGAUUUCAAAGGCGAGAAGCCUACAUAUGGGGAUCUGUUGGCGAGCAUUGAAGGCGUGACAGGGAUCUCCAUGGUGCUGCUGCUGGCCAUUGCAUUCACCCUGGCGACCAGCCAGUUCAGGAGGAAUGUGGUGAGGCUGCCUCCACCUUUCAAUAGGCUGACAGGGUUCAACGCCUUCUGGUACUCGCAUCACCUUACUUGUAUCGUCUACAUUAUGCUCUUUGUCCAUGGAACCUUCCUCUACUUCGCCACCAAGUGGUACGAGAGAAAUGUAAGCUUUCCUUCUGCUGCUUCUUUUAGUAUCCACCUUCUCUGUAACUCUGUUAACAGUACUGAACAUGAUCUUCACCUGGCAACUGAGUACUUUGUGGUCGUCGGAUUGAUGUUGCAGACGUGGAUGUAUAUUUCGGCUCCACUGCUGUUGUAUGUGAUGGAGAGGAGCAUGCGUACCUGCAGAUCAGAGCAUUGCUCUACUAAGAUUCUAAGGGUAUCAGUUUUGCCAGGAGACGUUUUCAGCUUAACAAUGUCAAAACCACAGGGAUUCAAGUACAAGAGUGGGCAGUACAUGUUCCUUCAAUGCCCCGCCAUUUCUUCUUUCGAGUGGCAUCCGUUUUCGAUAACUUCGGCACCAGGAGACCCGUACUUGAGUGUCCAUAUCCGGAUAGUGGGUGACUGGACACAGGAGUUGAAGCGAGUUUUCACCGAGGUCAAUGACUCAUCGACCGUCAUUGGUCGAGCUAGAUUCGGCCACCUUGGGAGUGUGGAUCACAGAGGACAGCCAAAGCUCUAUCUGGAUGGUCCAUACGGGGCUCCGGCACAGGACUACAAGAACUAUGACGUUCUACUCCUUGUGGGAUUGGGGAUUGGGGCUACCCCUUUCAUCAGCAUCCUCAGGGAUCUGUUAAAUAACACCAGAACGACAGACUAUCAAACGGAUUCAAAUACAGAUACAAGUAUAUCAGAUAACAGUUCAAAUAGUUACGCAUCUUCGAGCGCCACAGCUGGGAGCAACGGUAAGAAGAAAACACAGAGAACCACCAAUGCUCACUUUUACUGGGUAACAAGAGAAUCAGGAUCUUUUGAAUGGUUUAAAGGAGUUAUGGAUGAAGUUGCAGAGAUGGAUCACAAAGUAAGUUCAGAAAAGACUUGUCAAUCAUCCAGACUGUUGUCAGUUUUCUAUGAUGAGUUUCUAACAUGGGGUUAUUUUAAAAUUAUCAAUGGAAAAAAGGGUCAAAUCGAGAUGCACAACUACUUGACAAGUGUAUAUGAGGAGGGAGAUGCAAGGUCAACUUUGAUCACCAUGGUUCAAGCUCUCAACCACGCUAAACAUGGAGUUGACAUCGUCUCUGGCACUAGGGUAAGGACACACUUUGCCAGGCCAAAUUGGAGAGAAGUUUUCACCAAAAUAGCUUCAAAGCAUCCCUUCGCCACAAUAGGGGUGUUCUACUGCGGGAUGCCUAUGUUGGCAAAGGAGCUAAAGAAGCUAUCACAAGAGAUGAAUCAUAAGACCACGACCAGAUUCGAGUUUCACAAGGAAUAUUUCUGAGACAAACAAGCAACAUCAUGGUUUCCAAAAUUGUUAACCCCUGUUGCCGGGAAAAAAAGGAAUUCUUUUCUUUUUGUAAUUAAUAAUUUAAAUAAUUUGGAAAGCGCGAUAUAAGAGAGAGAUAUAUAUGUAUACAUAUAAAUUGUUACCAGAGCUCACGAAAUGUAAAUCAAGUCACAUUCAGAACAGCUUUUUGCAAUGGUAUAAAGUAUAAUCUGAAGGAGAAAAAUGGUUACUUUGUUUGUAUAUAUGUGAGUACU